UGCUGCUCAUCAACAGAGAAUCUACUAGUUAUCUGUUCCUAAAACUAUACGGCUUCAAUUUGCUCCAACACAAGAGAUGAAGGAGGAAUGUGGGAGUUUCAUGGCGGCCCUGUCUGUGAACGUGGUGACAGUCAACAUGUUACUGAGUGUCUUCUUUCUUUCAGGUGUUUUUGCUGGUUGUGAUAAGAACAAAGUUCAUCUCUUCAUCACUGCACCAAAGCAGAUGGAAACACUGAGUGGAUCUUGUUUACAAAUCCCAUGUAGCUUUAGAGAUAAACCAGGAGAAAAGGAUGAAAGAAAAAUGUUUGAUGGCAGCAGAGAGACGUUUUGGGUGUGGAUUAAAAGGGACCCAGAAUAUGGAAAAAAUCAAUUUAAUAUUAUUUUUAACAGCAGUAAGUCAGAAAAUUCCUUUAAAAUGAAAAUAAUUGGAAACCUGAGUCAGAAAAGCUGCACCACUUUGUUUUAUAAUUUAAACUCAAGUCAGUCAGACAGAUACUUCUUCAGGAUUGAGAACGAACCGUUCAAGGGAACAGCUUCUUGUAAUCCUGUUAAAAUAACAGUUAAAGAUUCUCCUCAGAGACCCAGAAUAGAAAUCUCAGGUGAUGUGAAGGACCUGAAGGAGAAGGAGUCUGUCACUAUAACCUGCUCAGCUUUCACUCCCUGUCCACACUCCCCUCCUGAACUCACCUGGAAUCUCCAACAAGACUCUCACAGACAAACAGAGGAAAACACAGAUGGAACCUUUACAACUAAAAUCCAGCAGAACAUCACUCUGUCACACACACAUGAUGGAUACACCAUCACAUGUUCUGCCAGAUAUCCUGUGGAUGGAGGAAAACGUGUGAACACAUUAGAGACAGAAGAGACUCUCAGUGUUUCAUAUGCUCCUAAAGACACCUCAGCAUCCAUCAAUCCAUCAGCUUUGGUGUCAGCAGGUAGCUGGGUGAAGCUGAGCUGCUCCAGCAGAGCCAAGCCUCCCGUCAGCAGCUUCACCUGGUUCAAGAUCAACACAGAGGGACCCGUUAAUGUGUCUGAGGGACCGGUUCACAGCUUCAGUGCAACGGAUGGAGGAGUUUAUUACUGUGUGGCUGCAAAUAAACUGGGAAAGCAGACGUCCCAAGAAAUCUGUCUUAAUAUUAAAGACAUUCAGGAGUUUGGGGCUGUUGUCUACGUUACAGUGAAGAUCCUGCUAAUUGUAAUGCUCUACAGUACAACCGCCAUCUUUGAAUGCUGGAUUAGAUCAAGAUUCUCCAACAAACCAGAGAAGGACAUAGAAGAAGCAGAUUAUGUCAGCAGGGUGGUCCACAUUCAAGCUUCAUGAGCCACAAAGAAGACGAGGAAGAUGUCAAGUUCUCUGUUAGAGGAAGGAUUUCUAUUCUAUCUUCUUUAUUUCUACAUGAACAUGUGUUAUGUGGUGAAAUAUGAUAUUUAAAUUAUUCUGAAAAGUGAUCUCAGUUCUAAUUUCUAGUUAAACUUAAUCAUUGGUCGUCAUUCUGGUUUGUCUUGUUUGACUUUCUGCCUCAUUUUCUGCUGCUUGUUCUGCUGAUUUGGCUUCGACUCAAGAGUCCAGCAGGUGGACUGAACACUGGACUCACUGGUUGCUACAAACACACAUUAUAACUGUAUUGUUCAGCUACACUGUGUGACCACAACAUCAUAUAAUGACAACAGGUGUGUUUGUAUCACAACAUGUCAUAGAUUCCCUUUACAUGUCAGAGCUGUUUGUUUGAAAAUGACUAUGACUCUCAUUU